AUGAACCAUUUACAGGACUUGAAGAAGGCAUUGACCGAGGCUUAUGCUCAAUCCAGCCUACAAAAUGCUCUGAAGAUCGCCCAGUCGAAAAGUUUGGAGAAAUUGAUUCGUAAUCAUCAGCAAGAUCAACGAUUGAUCUCCACAAUCCUCCAUAUGGCUGAUGUCACUGACACUUAUAACGACCCAAAUGAUAUAGAUUUGGCACUUGAUACGAUAGAUUUGGGUAAGAUCUACGAAAGAGUCGACGCAAGAGAAAAGGAGGACACCAAGCUUGCCUAUCAGGACCUUUUGGUGAUUGAAUUGCUUCACUAUUUCAAACAUGAUUUUUUCACUUGGGUCACCAAGCCAAAAUGUCCUCAAUGUCACAACGAUGGCGGUAAUAUCGAGCCUCAGGGAUCCAGCAGCCCGCCUAAUCCAAAUCCCGACGAAAUCAGUGUGGUGGAAAAUUAUAGGUGUGUGGAAUGUGGGGUAAAUGUGGACUUUGCUCGAAUAAAUAGACCCGCCAAACUCUUGGAAACUCGACUGGGACGUUGCGGUGAGUGGGUCAAUUGUUUUAUGUUACUUUUAAGAGCACUACUAGGAGCAGAGGGCCAUAUUCGGUACGUGUGGAAUAACGAAGAUCAUGUUUGGUGCGAAUUCUACAGUGAUAGUCAAAGUCGAUGGAUCCAUUUAGAUCCUUGUGAGGACGUAUUUGAUGAUCCUAAUCUAUAUUGCCAGAAUUGGGGCAAGGAAAUGAGUUAUUGUAUUGGAUUUGGCGAUUCUUAUGUCAUGGACUUGAGUGAAAAAUACAUCACCAACAAGGAUAAGCAAAUCGACAAAAAGUCAGUGGUUUCAGACUUGCAGCUUAUACCCCGACUCAUAAGACAGAUCAAUGCUCGAAAGCUACUCAAAACGUACGAAUCGUUUAGAUUCGACACUAUCGCACUUCAACGCAUUUAUGACAUUUUGGUGAUGUUCAAUAACGAAAAAGUACUCCUGGCACCAGUAGGUUCAAAAACAGAAGCUGUUGGGCGUCAAUCUGGCACCGCAGAGUGGACUUCGGCUCGAGGGGAAGGCGGUUCUUAA